AUGGAGAGGUUAGAGUUGAAAGAGGUUCAGAAACUCGAAGGUCACACCGAUAGGGUUUGGAGCUUGGAUUGGAAUCCGGCCACUGGUCAUGCCGGUGUUCCGCUCGUUUUCGCUUCUUGCAGCGGCGAUAAAACCGUUCGAAUCUGGGAACAGAACCUCUCCAAUAGCCUCUUCUCAUGCAAGGCGGUUUUGGAAGAAACACAUACUCGAACUGUUCGAUCUUGUGCUUGGUCACCUUCUGGAAAAUUGUUAGCUACUGCAAGUUUUGAUGCCACCACUGCUAUAUGGGAAAAUGUUGGGGGUGAUUUUGAGUGUGUCUCUACUUUGGAGGGACAUGAAAACGAAGUAAAGAGUGUAUCUUGGAAUGCAUCUGGAACUUUGCUUGCAACUUGCAGUAGAGAUAAGUCCGUUUGGAUAUGGGAAGUGCAGCCAGGCAAUGAGUUUGAGUGUGUCUCAGUGCUGCAAGGACAUACUCAGGAUGUGAAAAUGGUGAGGUGGCACCCAACAGAGGAUAUCUUAUUUUCAUGUAGCUAUGAUAAUAAUAUUAAGUGUUGGAAGUUUGUUACUGGUGGUAACUGUCGGAGAUGUUUGGAGGAUGCGGUUACUAGGAUUGGUUCUUCGUGUAGGAAGAAAGAAGAUGGACGGGCUUUGAAUUCUGGUUGUUAUUUGAGGCAUUCACCACACAAGUUCUAUAACAAUUCAAGUAGUAAUGAUGUUGCUGCUGGAAAUCGCGGACACCGAAAAAUGGCUAUAAUAUUGGCUGCAUCUUCUGCUGUCUUGGCUCUUCUUUUGGUUACUGCAACAAUGGGUUUCUUUAUAAGAAAGAAUGUAAUGAGGAAAAGAAGAGAGAGAAAACAAUUUGGGACACUUUUGGAUACAGUGAAUAAAUCCAAGCUAAAUGUUCCAUAUGAAAUUCUUGAAAAAGCAACAAAUUACUUCAAUGAUGACAAUAAGCUAGGACAAGGAGGAUCAGGUUCAGUUUAUAAAGGAGUUAUGCCAGAUGGUAAUACUGUGGCUGUUAAAAGGCUUAGUUUUAACUCGACGCAAUGGGUGGAUCAUUUCUUCAAUGAGGUUAAUUUGAUUAGUGGAGUUCAUCACAAAAAUUAUGAGAGAAGAAAGAAUACUUACACGUCGGAGUCACUCCGCCAACGCUUCAAUCGUGAUUCAGAGGGAAUGCUUCAAGCUUGA